AUGAAUGAUUAUUAUAGUCAACCACCAAUGAUUGGGAUAAUGAUGGAGUCCAUAACAACAACACCAAUAAUAACGACAACGACAGAAACAACAACAACAACAACAAAACCGACAACAACAACAACAACGACAACAACAACAACGACAACAACAACAACAACAACAACGACAACAACAACAACAACAACGACAACAACAACGGCAACAGCAACAACAACAACGACGACAACAACAACAACAACGACAACAACUUCUACAAGCACUACGAGGCCCCCUGUUGUAGCAGAAACUAGUAUUAGCCAAGCUAUUGUGAAACAAUAA